UCAGUGAUAUCCAUAUACAACAAGUGCAUCCCUAAGCAGCUCCUGGCUCCCUAGCUCAGUAGUGUUCGACGAUUCGUUGUACCUAGUUGUGUGAACUGCUGGAGUUCCUUUCAUCCGCGAUAGUCAGAAAGGGUUGACUGAGAUGCUGAGAAAACACGCUAUUCUCGUAGCCGCAGUCUUACUACUGAUCGGCGAUACCGACGCCGCGUUUCCGUUUCGCAGCGGUGGGCGGAGUUCGGGCAGCGUCAGGCAGUACCGCAGCAAAGGAAAUUACUACGGCGAUUUGGGGUCCGCUGGUGGCGACGCCACUGCUCGUUCUGCGGAGCACGGAAAACGCGAUAUCGACCUGGCCAAGGGCAGCAAGGGCCUUUCGGCCUGGGGCAUCAUAGCCAUUGUGCUGGGCGUGAUCCUUGUCGGCACCGGCGGCUAUUACGCCUUCGUCUUCUAUCCCUACAUCUGCAAGAGGGAACGCAGCUACGAUAUGAUAGAGUUGACCAACGUUCUCUGACUAUGCGUCCCUUAGUUUUACAAUCUUACUUCAAUUGCGUGCCUUCCAUUUUUAUUCUAAGGACAAUCCUGCAAUGGGUUUUUCAAAAUGCACCGACAAUUGCUUCUUUUUUUAUUCUCUUUGUACAUAAUCGGAAGUAUUGUAGCUAAUUUUUUUGUGAGAUACCGUCGGCUUUGUUCCGAAAAUUUAGGUACAAUUUGAGAAUCAUUCAAGACUGAACAAGGAUCAGUUACUUCCAAUAUCACGCGCGUAGUAUCUUUUUCUAUCUGUUGCUGAAUAUUAAGGCCAUAUUUUUGUACUUAUAUGUAUACAUGCUGUACACUCACCCCAAUAAUGAGCACAUAUAUAUGAUUAGUUCAUUAGUUUUAUUUUAUCUUUGCUCAAAGUAGGCCUGAAAGAAUUGGAAAAUAAACAUUAGCAAAGAAAGUAAAAAUAAAAAUGUGAUAAUUAUAAGAACUUAGCAAGUAAUGAGUAGCAUGCUCUCUUGGAAAGGAGAUAAGAUCGUCAUUGGUGUUUUUCUUAAACAAAAAAAAACUCAAGCUUCUUAAUUUCAAGUAUGGGGUUCACAGAAGAAAAUAAACAAUGAUCUCUCUUCUUUCCAUUGUACAUGUAUAUUAGAUCAUAAUAUGAACUUUAAUCUUAUUGCUAAAACCAGCUCAAUUCUCGUACUGCCAAAAUGCCGACUGAAGCUUUCAAGUAGCUCAGUAAUAUGCAUUUUAUAUCUCAUAUACUAGAUAUACUCUAAUGAUUGCUUUUUAACGUAUAAGGAAUAUGCAUAGAAACUAAUAUUAGCUUAUUUACUCUUUUUUGUACUAUAUACACCUAUACAUGUAUAUUGAAUAAAUUCAUUAAUAUUUUCAUCAA